AUCACAAGCAUGUUCCCUCUGAUGCCAGGUUCAUAUGAGGUCCAGUUACAAGAGACAGAGGAACAAGAAGAUCAAGCUGAAGACAAAAGUGGAGUGUGUGUUUGAGGCUGUGAGGGCGGCUGGAAACGAGGAGGGUGAUUUUCUUAAGAAUUGAGGGGGAGGAGGGAGAGACGCCAUUUAGCACUACCUGCUUUGUGGCAGGGCGGAGGCCAAAACAGGACACAAGGUGCAAACUUAUAGGCUGGUGCUGUUGCUAUGGCGAGGCCCGGGCGCCCUGCGUCUGAGAGCUACCAGCCAGUCUGUUAUUCAGGCAGUCAGGCAAUCUCUUUCUCCAGUGACGCUGGGAAGGUGGGACUGGAGGAUGAGGAUGAUUGCGCACCCAUCUUCUCCCUGUCUAAGAGCUCCAUGGAUGUGGUCAUGGCGACAGGGCCGGCGCACAAGCGGGACCUGGCCUGGGCCACAACGGACCUCAGACGCAGCUCCAGCACGAACACACACACUGAGCAGAACUCACUGACACUCCAGCAGCGCCCCCCCCCUUACGUGUGGCAGCAGAUCCACGCCACCAACAGCCACCAGUUGUCACUCACAGCUCAAAACGUGGACAUGCACAACCCUCCUGCCCUCAGCGAGCGCUGGAUCGCCAACAUGCAGCGCUGGAGUGGCAGCACGCACAGUCGCAGCAGCACUCCAGAUACAAUUAUAUGGAAAGACGGGAUCUCACGCCCCUCAAGUCUAAUCCAGGAUUUCUCUGCUGCACCAGACUCUCCGUUGUCCAAAACAACCUCUCCACCAACCACACCCUCUCCCUACAUCUCCCCCCUGCAGACACCAACUUUACCACCUGAAGAUCUGUCUUCUUCUUCUUCCCUACUAACGCUGAGCACACAUCAGCAGAAAGACUCACUUGUGUCUUUGCCCCAACCCAUUCCUCUGCUGUCACCCCUGCAAGCUCACACCUCCUCGCCCUUGCCAUCCAACUCCCCCAAUCUCCCCCAGCUCACCAGCACAGAGGAUGAGGGCUUCCUGGAGAAUAACUUGCUUUCUUUUACGUUCCCUUCCCCAAUCCCGUCGUCUGUUAGCUUAGCAGAAGGAGGUGCGUCAUCAGAUCCCGGAUGCCUUGCUGAUGAUGUGAUAGAAGAGCUGCACAGUCCUGCAGGCGCACAGUUAUCAGAGGGUGGAGGAGUGGAAAGCCCAGUGCAAAUGUUAAGCUACCUGACACCUAAUUCUCAGGCAGAGGGACAAGACUCUGGAAAAGGAGCUUCAGUUUGCCAUCUUGAGCUGCCAUGGCUGACAGGCCAAGGUUGUAGGUCACCCCUGGUUUCGUCUGUGAGUGACUCGCAAUUAGGUAACUGCUGCAGGUGCAACCUGAACUCUAGAGAGGGCAUCACAAAGGCCCCAAACGUUGAGAGGUUCAGGGAGGAAGGCACAAUGACUUCACGGCAGGAACUGGUAGACGCAGCGGUGCAGACAGUCUCUCCUAACGACUCCUUGUGGGGCCUCAACAGGAAAAUGUCUACCUCCAACAUGGACUCCCACUCCAUCCUGGGCUCCCCACCUGGAUCAAGACUGAAUCUUAGGUCCUCAGUGGGCUCCAACUCCAAUCUGGUGUCUCCGUCCUCCAGCAUGUUCCCUGCCAGCAGCGGAGAGGAGGAGGAGAAAAGGGGAGGCGAACAGACGUGGAACUCUGCCUCCUCGCACGAUUUGGACAGGAGGAGGUCGUGUCUGAAGACCCAUGGGGAGGACAGGGAUGAGCUGGGGAGGAGGAGCAGCAUGAAGCAGGUUCAGUGGGACGAGGACGGGAUGACGUGGGACGUUCACGGAGCAACUCUGGACCCAAAGGUUCUGACCACAGCCAUACAGAAACAUCUGGAACUCCAGAGCAGCCCCCGACCUCAGCGACGUUCCUCGAAGAAGAAGAAAGCACCAAAACCUCCUCACAUAUCGCACGUGGUGAAAGUCAUGGCCCCAGACCUCAAUCCACCUGCCAUCACUAAUACGUCGACUGGUGCGGUGGAGGGUGAGAGUAAGGGGACGCAAGAGACAGCAGACAGAGGUCGGGAGGUGGAGGAAGGAGGAGGCAAAAAGGAGGAAACGGUGGAAGCUGCUUGUAGAAUAAGCAGAGCAGAGGGAGAAAAUACAAAAGAAGAGGCUGAGGUGUACGGAGAGGAAGGCACCAGCCAUCCGAAGUCACCCUCGCGUGGGAGUGCACACAGCCGCAAGAAAAGCGUGAUCAAGACACUGAAGAGGCCCGGGUGGUGUGGAAGCUCCAGGAAAGUAAAUGACUGAUCCUGGAGAGUAAUCUAAUGGCUCUGAUCGGCGUAUUGAUUAUCCAUAGCUGACUUCAGUUUGCACUAAAGCACCACAAAUAAACUCUGAAUGAAGUUCAGAGAGACACUGGAAGCAGUUCUUCACUUUAAUGUUGUUUUAUCUAGACCAGAGGUUCUCAAACUCUUUUUAUUUAUGUACCCAGUUUGAAACAUUUUAAGUAAUACCCCCCUGAGCACAAAUGGACUGUGACUGAAAAACAUGUGAAUGCUACAUUUAAAAUGUUGAAUCAAUCACUAAAUUCAUAGAAAACAAAUGUGUUUGUCAUCAUGCAAUAACACCAAGUUGCACUGAACUGUGUCUUUUUGAUAAGUUGCACUUUUGCGCAUUUGUUGCACAGUUUAAUGAGAUCUAAGUCAUUUUUUCUCCGUGGCAACAACACUGAUCAAACCCUUUCCCAGAAGCUUUGAAAAGAUUUAAAUCUUGAAUAUAAAAUGUGCUUUACUGAACUAAUAUUUACAUUUUUCUCUCUAAACUUCUUCCUCUUAUUGUCCAGCCGCCAUAAUGCAGAUGACAAAAGAGAGGAGUCGAUAGAAAUACUGAUAUUUUCAUCUGAGCUCAAUUAUUAGAGUCUGCUCGCAGCUUUACGUGGUGCAGAAAGUGUCUGAUGACUUUCAUUUCUCUGGGUUUUGCCUCUCAGGCUGCAUUGGUUGAGGCUUUUAUUUUGUAACUUCAUUGUGCCCCCCCUCACUUCUGAAAACAAACCUACACAUUUUCUGUUUAGCUGCAUUUCUAGUGAGUUCUUCAUGAUAGUCAAGAUAUGACAACUCCCUAGAGGUUAUACAUUUGUUAAUGUAGAUUUUGUUGUUGAUUUUCUUUUUCUUUUUCUUUUUUUGAUGAAUUUUGUCUUUGUAUCUCUCUUGUUUAUUCUGUUUUUACGUUUGUAUGUAUGUCUGUUUAAAAUUAUUAUUGUUAUUAUUGGGUAGAUUUGAAGUACUUGUACUUGUAUUUUUGAGUAUUUCUAUUUUAAGCUAUUUUAUAUUAUGUUACAUACUAAUAUUGAUAUUUGAGAGUCUGGUAACGACAUAUUGGCCGAUAUUCUUGUUUUAUUUUGAAAAUAAACACAUAACAUUGAUCAACAUUUUGAUGUGGAUCUUUAAAAUGUGGUUGUUCUAAAUGACCUCUAACAUAUAUAUAUAUAUAUUAUGUUUCAGUGGGAGAUAUUGUACAUUUAAAAUGUACAAAAGUAAAUAGAUGAAUUUGAUUAACAUUUACUUACUUAAGAGUAUAAACACAAAACAUAUAAUAUGUUUAGAAAGUAUGAUGGACGGUAUUUAAAGUCGCUCAUCGGCAGUCGGCUACAAAAGUAAAAUGUCAAUAAUAUUAAUAUCAUAAUAAUAAUAUAACAUUGUAAAAAGCAAAAUCAGUGCUUUACUUUUGAUAUUUUAAGUGAAUUUAGCUA